AUGCUUCAUAAUCCGUUGAACUUCGUGCGAGACUUUUACUUUUUCCAUCGGUCUACUUACCCACAGCUGAAACUGACACACGUGGACUUGCCAACGGCUGAGAAGAAUUUACGCAGAACUAUGCAAGAAAGGAUUUAUUUUCUUCAUGACGAACUGACCAGGCUACCGUCGUUUCCUCGAAAGGCCUUGGAGACUUCCAAGGACUUUUUCGCCGAUGCCUCAAGCCAAGAGCUGUAUGGGAUGGAAGUUUCACACAAGCUUGUUUGGUCAAAACUAAUACAUCUGUUGUUGCGCGGAUUGGAGUACGCCUACUGCGACCUGAACCUCUUCAUCAACGUCAUCAACGGUGUACUGAUUCUUCAUUGCGAGAAUGUGGUACUGCUUAGGCACUGUCUCGCCUUCUACAUCGAAAUGGCGUACCAUUUCAGAGUCGUGUUUUCGAUGGACGGGUUCUUUUUCAUAAUGCCGACGAUCCUGCGAUGCUUCUCAAAGUAUCAAACCAAUCCGUUGCUGUGUGACGCGAUCAAGUUCACCUGCAAACAGUUCUACAUCAUGCACCGCAAACCAUUCGUCUUACAGAUGUUUGGGUCCGUCGCAAAUAUAUUGGAUUUGAAUGAUAACGAGGAAGACUUCUGUUACGCUGAGGUAAAGGCAAGUCACUUUUACGAACUUCUGGCAUCGCUGGAAAAUCUUGAUGACCUGAAAGACCAUCUUGAUAUACUGAGCUUGGUGAAGGCCGCUAAGCCUCUGAAGGCCAUUGACCUGUGCUACCGGGACGAUCCGGAUACGUUUUCUAUUUCAAACGAUGCCAUCGCCAGCUGCAUUACAAUUUGUGCCUACGCUCCAGAUUCAAGACGCGCAUACCAAAUGCUGGUUAUCAUGCAGGCAAUCGUACCACAGUACCUGAAGGCGUUGUCUAAUCUCAGCUCAAGUUGUGAUAUUGGGGUCUUCAGGCAAGAAUUGACUGCCCUGAACACGUUAGUGAUCGAGAUGAAAACUCUUAUUACCUGUUGCGACGUUCUCUCCAGAAAUUUUGCAGGACCUCAAAAGACUUUUGAUCUAGUUACCAGUGGAGCCAAACGGUCGACGGCUUUUGAUUCGCCGCGGGGAAGUCUCGUCAAAGAACGGUCUAUCGUCAUCAGACCCGACUCCAAACGACCGAAUCAGUGGGAAAUCACCGAUGACGUCGAGGUACAGCGCGAGAUGUUCCGAAAGCCGCGUGACGCUUUGUUAUGCCUGGUGGCGAAUUUCCUCAAUUUAUGCUCACCUCGACUGAAGUACCUAAGCAAGGUUGUGAACAGGUCGACCAAAAUACCGGAAAUCCUUGACAAUAAGUCGUUUCUCAAGCUGGCCGAAAUUGCGCAUUCCUUAUUGAAGCUUUCACCGUACGAUCCCAACACACUGGGCUGCGAAGGAUUACAGCUGUAUUUUCUGGAAAUUUUGCCGGUUACAGAUUGGUCAGCUGAGCGCAAUCGGUCUGCGUUGAGCAACAUUCUGAGAAGACUGGACAAAACGAUCGCGAAGAUUGUGAACAGAAGUGGAAUGAGGCGUCGUUUCAACUGGGAUGCCUUGAGCAACUGGUUGUUGGGCUUACACAAAACGCUGACCAUAUUUCCAUACGUUGCACAUCUGCAUUUUCUCAAAACAACCAUUCAAAUGUGCCUAAAAGUGCUGAUUGGUGACCACGCCGUUAUGAUGGGUAGCGAAGAGAGCACUACCUCCGUUGUCCACACUGCUUUGCCGACUGUUCUAGCCCCGUUUUCGCCGCCUCAGAAGUUCCUCUCAGCGGUCAUCAAACUUGCCUCGUUUUUGAUGCAGGCGUUGGGGGUAAGAUUGUCGUGCCAUCGUCGGUUGAAUAUAGUACCUGAUAUCUAUAUGUGAUU